AUGUCAAAUCCGGAUUGUCUGAGUAAAGCUAUAUCCUUGGUAAAAACCGCCAUUGAUCAUGAUAAUGCUGAGCGCUAUGGAGAUGCCUACAAGUAUUAUCAGAAUGCUCUUGACUACUUUAUGAUGGCCUUAAAAUAUGAGAAAAACGAAAAGUCUAAAGAAAUCAUACGAGGAAAGGUUUUAGAGUAUUUGGAUCGCGCGGAGAAACUGAAAACGUUCCUUCAGCAAAAGAGCAACCAGGUAGCCUCAAAGAGUAGUGCUUCUAGCGGUAAUUUGGAAGGAAGCAAUUCUCCGGCCGCUAGUGAUGUUUUAGAUUCAGAAGCUAAAAAACUUCGAGGCGCUCUUACCAGCGCAAUAUUAGUCGAAAAACCCGAUGUUCGUUGGGAAGAUAUAGCUGGUUUGGAAAACGCAAAAGAAGCUUUAAAAGAAACGGUUCUCCUUCCUAUUAAAUUGCCGCAAUUAUUUUCGCGUAAUCGAAAACCUUGGUCCGGAAUUCUUCUCUAUGGUCCUCCCGGAACAGGAAAGUCAUAUUUAGCUAAAGCGGUUGCUACUGAAGCUGGCUCUACAUUCUUUUCCAUUAGUUCAUCCGAUUUGGUGAGUAAAUGGAUGGGUGAGAGUGAAAGGCUUGUUCGACAACUAUUUGAAAUGGCGCGAGAACAAAGGCCUUCCAUCAUUUUUAUUGAUGAAAUUGACUCACUUUGCGGUAGCAGAAGUGAGGGCGAAAGCGAGUCGUCUCGUAGAAUUAAAACAGAGUUUUUAGUCCAAAUGAACGGUGUAGGAAAAGACGAAAGCGGUGUAUUAGUGUUGGGUGCUACCAAUAUUCCUUGGACACUGGAUUCUGCCAUUCGUCGUCGUUUCGAAAAACGAAUUUAUAUCCCAUUGCCUGGCUCAUAUGCUCGGUCUAAAAUGUUUGAACUAAAUGUAGGUGAUAUUCCUUCAGAACUAAAGUCUGGAGACUUCAAAGAACUCGCAAAAAUGACGGAGGGCUACUCUGGUUCAGAUAUAGCUAUUGUUGUUCGAGAUGCUAUAAUGGAGCCUGUGAGAAGAAUUCAUACUGCCACACAUUUUAAAAAGGUCUUUUAUGAGCCUUUGAAACGUACUAUGGUUACUCCUUGUUCGCCGGGAGAUUCAGAAGCUUAUGCAGCUACAUGGAUGGACGUAAAUGGUGGCGACAUCUUAGAACCCCGUCUUACUGUACGUGAUUUCUACAGUGCUGUUAAGAAGGUGAAACCUACCUUGAACGCUGGCGACAUACAAAAGCACAUUCAAUUUACGAAAGACUUUGGCGCUGAAGGCUAA